AUGCCUGCGUGGAGGCAUGCCCUCGCGGCAGGAAGCAUAGUGGUGCUUGUCUCGGCAGAGGCGGCAGCUCGGCCAACAGCAGGAGGAUCUGGUCGGAAUAGGGCCGGUGGCGGGAAGCCCGAGCUUGUAGAGCCGUGGGGAGAUGCUGGUGGAGGCGUGCUUCGGUCAGGGUGGGGGGGGUCGAGGUCCCCGGCAGAUAGCAGCGUGCCCGCGGGACUGUUCAUCCGCGCCAUGACGUCGCUCCCUGGUCACUACCAAGACGACCACGAGGCUCUGGAGGCCCACCUUAGAGAGGAACACGCCAUCUUCGCCGCCUCGGAAACCCCGGACGACGCCAGAAGCGGCGGCGGCGGCGGCGGCGGCCGGCGGCGGGCGCACCUGUGCUGCACGGACUACCGCGACGGGCCUGCCCUCAAGUCGGCGCUCGAGGCCGCCACGGGCGGCAAGAGGUUCGUCCGCACGGCCCUCAACAGCAACUCGCUCGGCGGCUACUGCGCCGUGGCGCACGUCUCGUCGUCGGCAGCGGCGGAGGCGGCGGCGGCAGCGGCAGAGACCGUGCGGUGUUCCCCGGUGACCCACGCCUCGAAGGAGCCGCUGUCGCUCCUAGCGCCGUCAACGGCCACGGAGUCAUCUUCUUCUCACGGCGGCGGCGGCGGCGGCAGCGGGAGGACCCCGCUUUUCGGGUUGAGGCUUGGGCCGGGCGUGCAGGACGGGGACAGCCGCGGCUUGGUGAUAACCAUGUCCCCCGGCAGCCUCCCCAUGGACGACGCGGCAGAGGACGUCGCGAAGGGAAACACCCGCGGCGGCGACGAAGCAGGGGCCGGCAGCAUGCGGCGGAACCUCUCCACCCGGCAACAGUCCUCUUCUUUGGCCGCGCUGGAGAGAACGUGGAGGGACUUCUGGGGCGGCGCUCGCGGGAGCGACGGCGCGCGGGCGCUGGCGGAGACUGUCCCUUGGACCAUCCCUCCCGGUGGCGGCAGCGGCGGCGGCGGCGGCGGUGGUGGUACGCGUAGGAGGAGCUUGCUUGCCGGAGACGGGACCGGCGAUGCCUCGGAGCCGAGCAGCGGCGUUAGAGUCAGCCGUGCGAGGGAGUUCCAUGGGGGGAAGGCGGCGGGCUACGGGGCCGCGCUCGCGCACCUCGGGGAGAAGAUGGCGAAGCGUGAUGAUGAUGAGGAGGAGGAGGGAGGAGUUGGAGUGACCCUUGCAGGAGUGUGCGGGCUGGGGAACAACCUGGAGUUCGUGCACGGCGGCAAUGACUUGCUGUACCUGAGGGGCAUCCACCACCCGGAGCACGACGAGGAAACCUCUGCGGCGUGCUUCAUCGGCCUGGUCGGCUUCCUCUCUGCACAGCCCGAGGUGAUGCACAUCCACCCGGAACCGAGAGCGGAAGCGAAUAACAAGGUCCUGACGGCCUACAUUGAGGGCGGCGAGCCCACAGAGACUCCCAUGCGCGUGGCCGGCCUCACGGGAGCGGGGCAAGUGAUCGGCGUCACCGACACGGGCCUUGACGACAGCUCUUGCUUUUUCAAGGACGAGGAAGGCUCGGUCCCUAGGACAACCAUGGCGCUCGCCGAGUACUACCCCGACCAAAGGAAGGUCAUCCAGUACGUGGUGUUCGCCGACGACACCGACACCGACGGCCACGGCACACACGUCGCCGGGAUCGCCGCCGGAAAGGUGUAUGACGACUGGGAAGAGGCUUGGGUGGGAGACGUCUCGAAGGAGGUGUGCGACGAUGCUGGUCUCAUCAUGUCUUGCUUCGGUGACUGCGUCGCGGGGACGAUGGGGGGGUCGUGUCACUGGAAUCCCGAGCUGUCGUGCCCCAUGUCUGACUGCGACGAAGACGUGAGCUGCGACGACUACACCCAGUACGACUUCCCGUGCUUCGAAGACCCAGUGGACGAGCUGCCGGAGGCAUCGGGAGUUGCGUCCGACGCUCAGUUGGCGUUCUUCGACAUCGGCAACGAAGACGGGGGCCUCGUCAUCCCGGACGACAUCGGCGACAUGUGGGACGCCCAGUACGCUGCAGGAGCAAGGGUGAUCAGCAACUCGUGGUCGCUGGUGACAAUGACGGAGCCCACCGCGAGAGACGUUCAGCUGGACGAGUGGGUGCACGACCACCCGGAUACCCUCGUCGUGUUCGGUGCGGGCAACAACGGCUUCGAGGACCACGGGUUCAACCCGGGGUCCGUCCAGAGCCCCGCUACUGGAAAGACGGCCAUGACAGUGGGCGCCUCCAACAGCGGACCUGGUCGCGCUUACGCCUACUACGAUGAUGCUGCCUCCAACUUCGACGGCGUGCUUUGGCCCAGCGACGAGGAGAUGUUCCAGGUUUCCCCCUUCUCGGCCCGCGGGCCCGUGGGACGGUUCACCGCAAAACCGGACGUAGUCGCCCCCGGCCUGAUGGUCCACUCCGCGAAGGCCUCCCUCUCCGACCCCGGCGAAGAGACCUGCGCGCUCGACUCCCUCGGCGGCACCUCCAUGUCGGCGCCGGCGGUGGCCGGCGCUGCCGCCCUCGUGAGGCAGUUCUUCGAGCAGGGGUUCCUCGCGAGCUACCUUGACGGUGCCGGGCUGUGCGGCGGGACCGAUGAGAACGAGGAGGUCGUUGCCGCCGCGGGGGGAGUGUACGCGGAGGCGGGACUGUGCGAGGCGUUCGCGCCUUCGGGGUACCUGGUGAAGGCCGUCCUGGUUAACUCGGCCAUGUGGCUGGGGGACAUGCAGAUGGUGUCGUACGAGGACAAGACGCAGUACAUGUCGGUGCUGGACUUCGCCCAAGGCUUCGGGGCCGUCCAGCUAGCGGCCUCGGUGCCUACGGAGGGCGCCCCCAUGGGCGCGUUCUACCACGAGCACGAGCUAGCGUCGGACGAGCUCCACUACUACCUCAUCUACGUGUCGGACGCCAGCAAGACAGUGUCCGUGACGGUGGCGUGGUUCGACCCCCCGUCCCCGGUGUCGUCGUACAACAGGUCGAGCAGCUGGGCCCAGGAGAGUAUGAUGACCUUCAUGACCUUCCUCCGUCUUCGUCGUCCCAAGUUGCUCCACGACCUGGACAUGUUCGUCAUGUCGGUGGACGCGAGGCGGUACUACCGCUCCAACCACCACGACACGAUCGCGACCAUGUGCGACGCCGACGAGUCCUGCGCCGAGAAGUACGAGUUCACCUACGAGAACGACCUGGCGGACUACAUGAACCCGGUCGAGCGGGUCACGGUGCCGAGCUCCGACCUCGAGGAAGGGUACCAUGUCGUGGGCGUGCGGGCGCGCACCCUCACGGAGUCCGACGUCCAGGCGUACGGGGUCGCGGCCGCUGGCGGCGGCCUGGUUCUCCACGGCAUGUCCAAGAACUGGACGGACCUAGUGCUGGAGACCGACUCGACCCAAGGGACCGGGGUGGGGAUGGAGGAGCCCGACCCCGACGGCGAGGUUGACGGGGCCACGCCGGCCCCGGCCGUGCUGGUGGCGGCGGGAUCGGCCGACGGAGGCGGCGGCGGCGGCGGCGGCGGCGCGCCCACGGGGGACAGCGUUGCCAUUGCCCCGACCAGUGACCCCGUUGAGACGGCCACCGGGAGCACGAGCGGCAGCGGCACCAGCAUGGCCGGCGAUGAGGACGAGUUCUCCGGCGAUUCGACGGGAAGCGGCGCCGGGGUGAGCCACCUCGGUGGCGGCGACGACGACAUCAGCGCGGCCGGCGGUAUAGAGACCGACGUGCCGGAGGGCGGCGAUCUCGACGUCGACGGCGGCGGGAGCGGCGGGACGACCAUCACCACCAUCGCGGCGUCGUCCGCCGCGGCGGCGCUCCUGAUCGGAGCCGGGAUCUGCCUCGCCGUGCGGCGGAACAAGCUGCGCUCCUCUGGGCGGCGUGACGAGACCGGGUCCUUCCUGUGUCCGGUCCGUAACGCCUCCUCGUCCGCGGGAAGAGCGGCGGUGGGCGGCGGUGGCGGUGGCGGCGGCGGUGGCGGCGGUGGCGGCGGCGGCGGCGGUGGCGGUGACGACGACGAAGAAACAGACCGGAACCACGGCGAAGAGGACGACCGUGUUGUCGGGUUCUACGACGGGGGAGACAUGCCGCCGCUGGAGCCUCAGCGAGGGCUGCCGGGUUACGCGACGGCCGUGGCCAGCAUGCCGGAGGAGGAGGGCCACACGAUCAUCCGAGACCGCGCCGGGGUGGAGCGGAUGGUGGAGCUCACGGCCGCCGACGAGUCCGAGGUGUCGGGUUUUUACUACGCGGUCGAUCCCGGCGCGGUCGAGACGCUGGUCUCGUGGGGAAUCAGCCGCGACUUCGCCAGGGUGGCACUGAGGCAGACCGACAACGACGUCCAGGAGGCCCUGCAGAUGAUCGCCGAGGGGAACAUGGACGAGCUCCUGGCCAUGGACCACGAGGAGAUGGCUCGGGAGGGGCGGGAGGCGGCCGCGGCGGCGGAGGCCGCGGCGGCGGGUCGCCACGGGACGAUGGUGUAGGGCCGGCCGGCUCUUGAGGUACCUGCAGCUAUUAUUGUGUCGCCCGCUGCGGCGGCGGUAGGUCAGCUUUCGAGAUGGUCGUGGAAGUGAAGUUGUGCCGAAGGACUGAAGGACUGAAGGACUGAAGGACUGAAAAGGACUGGUGGUGGUGAAGCAAGGGUGAUUAACGACUUGUUCCCGUGGAUUGCUGUGCCCUCCUCCUUCUUUGAUCCGUAUGGCACCGGAAAAAAAAAGCUUUCAGAUGCGAGUAGGCACGUUUUGCGUUUCUCUGGUAGGUUUCUUGUCGAUUCGGAGGAGAAGGAGCAUUAGGGGCUUAUAGAUUGUUGUUCAUCCAGCGCCGCUAGGAGGCAGGCAGCAGGGGGAGGGGGGCGCCGCAGAAUCAACUGGGGUACUUAGCUCUACAUAGAAAACAUGCAAUGUUGAGGCUUGGGGGUGCGUGAGUGCCAUGGACUGGUGGCCUCCAUCCCGGACUCGAGAGCGUUGGGUGAGGUGCGUGCGCCGCCCAACGCUGGUUGAUGGUGCGAGCGCUAGUGUACGGCUACCGCCCACACGAUAAAAAGUCAGCUUUUAGCUUAGCAAUGUAGUAGUCUGGUUUUAGCAUAGCAGGCUCGUUAGCCUUAGCAAUAGUAGGAGAUGUUUGGGACAGGACGCGUUGUGAUUAUGACGCGCGUGUGUCCGCGUGUCAAGUGUCGAAAAAGGCCGGGCCGGCUCCCGUUCUCUUCAAUCUUUGUGCCCCGAAACCACCCGCCUCCUUUUUGAUCGCUGUACAUGGCGGGCGGGCAGCGUGUUGUUUGGUGCUUUGUGCGUGCGUGUUUCGGUCCAAUUGCAUCGGUACAACAGUUCCUGCUUGGGUCCUGCGGGAUGAAGUAGAGGUGGUGUUGCCGAGGUAUUGUGCGUUAUAUGCGAGGCGAUUAUGUCUCUUUUGGUGGUUUAUUUUUGGCUGCACGUUAUGGUCUUUCCUGUGUUGCCGUGACGGCGGUGUCGUCGGUGUUACGCUAAUAUAUUGGUUGUUUGUCCUUAUCAGCUUUUCAUUGCGCUGAGGGAUUUUUCGGUGGAGUGAAGGUGGUACUGUAUGAUUCUUGUGGGCCUGCAGCAGAGAGUGGUUGGUCAGACUUUGUAAGCAUGAACGGGAAAAGACGCGCAGACCGUGAACACGGCUGCUGCUGAAAGAUAGUCGGCCUUUGUUCCAGCUGCUUUUGGCGUUUUUGUUCAACAAAAGAGUUUGCCCCCCGGCUGAACAACAAACGAGAUGGUUCAGCAGUCGUCGUUGUUUUCUGUUCUUGUUCUCAGAGAAACGAAACCGUUACUCUCAGAUAUUUCGACCUUUUUUGCGCGCGUUGUAGUGUACGAACGGCUUGCAAUCAAUAUUCGUAUCUGCUUGAAACGCAUUCUAAACAGCUGUAUGUGGCAUUACUGUGGGGUCGGGUAGCGUGCCUGACGUACGCACAAUUCUGCCGAUCGAUUAGCUUGUUGUUCCGCGAUGAUGUGCCGAGACCGAGAGGUUAGUGUUGGAAAGGGAUAUUGCGAGAACUUUUUAUUCUCGUUAUUGCUUGCAUGUUCAUCACUGCUUUGUAGGUUUUGUUGUCUCCCUUGGAAGGUCCAGGGGCGCGACCAUGGCUUCCUGUUUGGCGUUGAUUGCUUCUUGGAUGUAGCGCUUUUCGUGGGCAGCCGGCGUGUUGUGCUUGCCCUCUUGGGGGUUUGCGGGCAUCGCAGAGGUUGAGGGCUUGACGGGGGACGGUGACGACCCGAAGGAAGAGCCGUUGUCUGGUACGGUGCCGCGCGCUCUCACAACAAUGUGUGCGUGCCGUCGACAUCGUGCUAAUGGGUGUUGUAUUUUUGCACACAUUUGUUUUUGUACCAUACAUGUGCGCGAAAGUUUCUGUCCCGUUGUCAAAUAGAAUAAAAAACGAAUGUGCUUG